UCUUAUUCACUCCUCAGCCCAAUGUCCAUUAUUUUUAACCAUCUCCUUCCCAGAGUUCAUCAGUUGCUUUAUUCGGGCUCUUUGCUCCCUUCUCCACUCACUCCAAUCGGGGGCUCUCACGUCGAUCGGCGGCAGCUGCCCGAGGCAACAUUCCGGUCGCUAUGCGGGUAGCCGUGGUGGGCGCGGGGAUCACUGGGCUGGCUGCGGCCUACACAUUGGCGAAGGCCGGUGCGGAGGUAGUGGUCUACGAGAAGGAAGGCUACUUGGGCGGCCAUGCUAAGACGGUCUCUUUCGAUGGCAUUCUCCUUGACUUUGGCUUCAUGGUCUUCAAUCGAGUGACGUAUCCCAAUAUGAUGGAGUUGUUCGAGAGCCUUGGCGUGGAGACGGAGGUUUCAGACAUGUCGUUUGCUAUAAGCUUGGACGACGGCAAAGGAUAUGAAUGGGGAGGUCGGAAUGGUUUCUCUAGCUUAUUUUCGCAAAAGGCCAAUCUUCUUAAUCCAUACUUUUGGCGAAUGAUUCAAGAACUUCUCAAAUUUAAGGGAGAUGUCCUCAAGUACCUCGAGAAGCUGGAAGGCGAUCCAGAUGUAGAUCGCAAUGAGACGCUGGAGCACUUCAUCAAAUCUCAUGGUUAUUCUGAGUUGUUCCAGAAGGGUCAUCUUAUUCCAAUUUGUGCCACUUUCUGGUCAUGCCCUCCCAAUGCAGUACUGCAUUUCCCAGCUUAUUAUGUCCUUUCCUUUUUCCGUAAUAGUCACCUUCUUCAGCUAUCUGGUGGCCCACAGUGGCAUACUGUCAAGUCACGUUCACAGAAUUAUAUUGGCAGGGUAAGAGAAGAACUGGAGAGAAGAUCAUGCACAAUCAGAACAGGAUAUGCUGUGCAAUCAGUUUUUAGUACUGAUGGAGGAUGCUGUGUGGUAGGAGCAGAUUGCUCGAAAGAGAUGUAUGAUCAGUGCAUAAUUAGCGCCCAUGCCCCGGAUGCUUUGAAGCUUUUAGGAGAACAAGCAACCUUCGAGGAGGCAAGGAUACUUGGUGCCUUCCAAUAUGUAUAUAGUGAUAUUUAUCUUCAUCAUGACAAAAGUUUGAUGCCUAAAAAUCCAGCAGCAUGGAGUGCUUGUAAUUAUCUUGGGGCAACACACGAUGGAGUGUGUGUCACAUAUUGGCUAAAUGUGUUGCAGAAUCUAGGUUCAACCAAGCUACCAUUUCUCGUAACUCUGAACCCUCCGCGUGUUCCAAAACACACCUUGCUUAAAUGGUGCACCAGCCAUUCUUUUCCAUCUGUUGCUGCCUCCAAAGCAGCCUUGGAGCUAGAAGAUAUACAGGGGAAAAGAGCAAUAUGGUUUUCUGGAGCAUACCAAGGUUAUGGCUCCCAUGAGGAUGGACUGAAGGCAGGCAUUAUGGCUGCCAACAGUGUGCUUGGAAAAGAUACUGUUCUAUUGAGAAACCCAAUACAUAUGGUACCAUCAUUAAUGGAACGUGGAGCAAGACAUUUUGUGAUUAGAUUUCUUGAGAGUUAUAUCUCAACUGGUUACUUAACAUUGCUAGAAGAAGGUGGCAAUAUAUACGAGUUCAAGGGAACGAGAAAGCAAAACACGAAAAAGGCUAUUCUUAGAGUUCAUAAUCCUUUGUUCUAUUGGAAGAUUGCCACUGAAGCUGAUUUAGGUCUUGCAGAUGCAUAUAUAAAUGGUUACUUUUCAUUUGUUGAUAAAGAAAAAGGUCUUCUGGAUUUUCUUUUGAUUCUUAUAGCUAACAGGGAACUGAGGAACUUUUUUGGAAGAGGUUGGUGGACACCAAUGUUUGCAACAGCAGGAUUUGCAUCAGCAAGAUACUUUUUUAAGCAUAUGUGGAGACAAAACACUAUAAAACAAGCAAUUCAGAACAUCUCCAAUCAUUAUGAUCUGAGUAAUGAUUUCUUUUCUCUGAUUUUGGAUGAGACAAUGAGCUACUCCUGUGCCAUUUUCAAGACACUGAAUGAGGACCUGAAAACAGCACAGCUUCACAAAAUCUCUCUUUUAAUUAAAAAGGCUCAAAUUGAUGGAACACAUGAAGUUUUGGAGAUUGGUUGUGGUUGGGGAGGUUUUGCAAUCGAGGUUGUUAAGCAAACUGGCUGCAGAUACACAGGAAUCACCCUAUCUGUGAAACAACUGGAGUUUGCAAAGAAAAGAUCUAAAGACGAAGGACUCGAGGAUUCCAUUACUUUCAUGCUGAUGGAUUAUCGUCAUCUGCCAAAAAUUCACAAAUAUGACCGUAUCAUCUCUUGUGAGACGGUUGAAGCAGUAGGUCACGAAUUCAUGGAUGAGUUUUUCAGCUGCUGUGAUUCAGUUCUGGCUGAAGAUGGCAUAUUUGUGCUCCAGUUCAGCAGUAUUCCAGAUCAACGCUACGAUGAAUACAGGAGAAGCUCUGAUUUCCUCAAGGAGUACAUGUUUCCUGGACUAUGUGUUCCUAGUUUGAGCAGAAUAACAGCUAUGAAUAUGAUGGCUUCAUCUAAAUUCUGCAUCGAACAACUUGAGAACAUUGGCAACCAGUACUAUCAAACACUCACAAGCUGGAGGAACAAUUUACUUGCGAAUAAGGACAAAAUUAUUGCUCUGGGAUUCGACGAGAAGUUCGUGCGUACCUGGGAGUACUAUUUCAUCUACUGUGCUGCUGGUUUUCAAUCGUGCACGUUGGAACUCUAUCAGAUUGUGCUCUCUCGUCCCGGCAACGUUGGAGCUUUUGGCGACCCAUUCAAGCUCCCCCACCGCCAUUAUGUUUGAGCUUUUAUUAUAGUUGCAUGAACUUUUGAAUCGCAUGGUUGGAUUGACAACAGACUUGCUAUCGUAUCUAGUAUUUGCUGUAUCUUUUUGCUACCUCAAUAAAUCUGCUGAAAUUGCAUA